UCAGGGGGCACGCUAGCCCCACGCCGUCAGUUGUGUGGACACGUCGGCGAGAAGCGAACACUUGCGAUCACGCUCUCGGCCCCACUCGCUCGCACUCUCCGCCUCGCCAGCGCCGCCGAAGGAGUCAGCGCUCGCCGUCUCGUCAGAGUUGAGAUUUCUCUUGGUGAUUCCUCCGAGGACUGCCUUAUUGCCGGUUAAUUGAGCAGCGGCCGUGCAGGUAGUCAAGCAAGGAUCCUCCUAGGCACUAUGGACGACUUGAGACGCGAUCGUCUUGGGCAGCGACCCUACCACGAGCACACCGGGGACAACAUCUGCCCCAACAUGGUCAGGGGCAUCGACUACCUCAGGGAUCCCAGGUUGAACAAGGGCAUGGCCUUCUCCCUGGAAGAACGUCAGGUUUUGGGUCUCCACGGGCUCAUCCCCCCCCGGUUUAAGACCCAGGAGGAGCAAGUUGAUCUUUGCAAGAAGAAUAUUGAACGUUAUCAGGAGCCGCUAAACAAGUUCAUUUAUCUUGCUAGUCUUCAGGAUCGAAAUGAACGACUCUUUUACCGUCUCCUGAGUGAAAAUGUUGAAGAGUACAUGCCCAUUGUUUACACCCCAACUGUCGGCCUUGCUUGCCAGAAGUUUGGUUUGAUCUUCCGACGACCUCGUGGUCUCUUCAUUUCUAUUCAUGACAAGGGACAUGUUUAUGAUGUGUUGAGAAACUGGCCAGAACAUGAUGUUCGUGCUAUUGUGGUGACAGAUGGAGAACGUAUUCUGGGUCUGGGUGACUUGGGUGUACAGGGUAUGGGUAUUCCAGUUGGUAAAUUGUCCCUCUACACUGCUUUGGCUGGAAUCAAGCCACACCAGUGCCUGCCUAUUGUGCUUGAUGUCGGUACCAACCGUAAGGAACUUCUUGAAGAUGAAUUUUAUAUUGGUGCCCGACAUGAACGAGUGACGGGUGACUCCUAUGAUGAAUUCAUUGAUGAAUUUAUGCAUGCCGUAGUUCAGCGCUAUGGCCAGAACACACUCAUCCAGUUUGAGGACUUUGGUAACCAUAAUGCCUUCCGCUUCCUUGAGAAGUAUCGAGGAAAAUAUUGCACGUUCAACGAUGACAUUCAGGGAACAGCAUCUGUUGCCGUUGCUGGCUUGUUAGCAUCCCUGCGCAUCACUGACACAAAACUUAGUGAUCAUAAAUUCCUUUUCCAGGGAGCUGGUGAGGCCUCGCUUGGCAUUGCCAACCUGAUUGUCAUGGCCAUGGUGGAGGAAGGUGUCGAGGAGGAGGAAGCCCGUUCUAAGAUUUGGCUGGUUGACUCCCGUGGCCUGAUCGUGAAGGACCGUCCAAAGGGUGGAAUUACAGGACACAAGGAAUCGUAUGCCCACGAACAUGAACCUAUGGACGAACUGGAAGAAAUUGUGAGAGAGAUUCAACCAACUACUCUCAUCGGUGCUGCUGCUAUUGGAGGAGUGUUCACCCCACAGCUUCUACAGGAUAUGGCUUCCUUCAAUGAAAGACCAGUUAUCUUUGCUCUUAGUAACCCAACAAGCAAGGCUGAAUGCACUGCAGAGGACUGUUACCAAUAUACUGAAGGUCGAGGUGUGUUUGCAUCAGGCUCUCCCUUCGACCCCGUGACUUAUGAAGGCAGGACUUUCCACCCAGGCCAAGGCAACAAUGCAUACAUCUUCCCAGGUGUUGCUCUGGGUGUAAUCUGCACUGGAAUUCACCACAUUGAUGAUGGAAUUUUCCUCAUGGCAGCAAAGGCUCUGGCUGAUAUGGUAACUGAAGAGAAUCUUGAGCAGGGCCGCUUGUAUCCUCCUCUUACAGACAUUCAGUCUUGUUCACUGAAGAUUGCUACCUACAUUGCUGAACAUGCAUACGCGACAGGUAUUGCAUCAACAUAUCCUCAACCAGAAGACUUGACCGAGUUCAUCUCAGAACAAAUGUAUGACUAUAACUACGAUGACAAGUCUGCCAUACCAAAGACCUGGGAGUGGCCAGAUCUCUCAGAAUUUGAACCCAACCCUUAAGAAAGAAGACUACUGAAGAAAUACCAAGCUCAGUAUUGCGGAAUAUUUCUCCAUUGUUAGAUGCAUCAGCUGUGUAUGAUAACCGCAGAGCUUCAUGUGUUAAAUGUACUCCAUGUUGUUAACAAAGGAAAUUAUUUUGUUAAUUCCCAUGAUAAUAGAAAAGUUCAGAUAGUUGCAGUAACAUUAGUGGAUGAUUUUGCAUUUAACGUAUUUCCACAACUAAUCGUGAUGAAUUUUAAGAUUAAGUUAUGGAGACACAUUAAACUUAAUACCAAAUGUUAGAACUAUUUUGAUCUUAUAGGUUAUAAAGAGAUCUCACUGUGGGAGUACAUAUAGGAAAUCAAAUUUCUCUAAGUUCAGAAACUAUCUCAACUCUAUAGUUAAAAUCAGGCUGUGGGUAAAAUAGCUCAGUCUCUGGUAUGAUUAUCAUAAAGAGUUAAUAUUUAGUGCUGCUUAACAUUAUUUUUUUGUUAUCUUACUUUCUCUCUCUAUACCUUUCAUAGUUAUUUGGUGUUAGUCCCCACUCUAGUUGGAUAAAAAAGCAACUUUCUUUUUAUUUCAAAUUGUAGUUUCUUUCAGGCAAGAUCUCUAUUUUCCCUUGCAUUGGCCCAUUUUUGUAGCACACUAAAUGCCUGAUUAGGUUAUGGCCUCAGUAGUCCCAACAUUUCAUACUUUCUGUACUCUAAUGGAAAUGCAUGAGAUAGAUUCCCCCAACCCACACACAUCAAAGCAGAGAUUUUAGUUGUAUAAAUUCAAGUAUUUAUGUAUUAUUUCCAUUUUCCCAUCUGAAAAAUAGAUGCCAAAAGAUCUCCUUCCAUCUCCAACUUCAGUAUUCUCAUUGGUAAACAUCUGCUCAUUCUGCAUCAGUUCUAGGCAUUCUUGAAAAAUGAGAAUGGUUAGAUUAUCAUUAGUAUUGGUAUUAUUUGCAUCUGGCUCAUCAGCUUCCUGGUUCAAUGUGGACUUAUUUAUUUGUGUUGCUUACUUCUGUGUAGUAUUAUGAAAAAUAUAUUCUCUGUUUCUGCCAUCUCUCUUUUAAGCAUCAACUGUGUCAGGUCUCUAAAAGUCAAGAAGAAAUCUUGAAAUUGAGGAUACAUCUUGCAUUCAUUCUCAUAACAACUAUAAAGUCGUACUGUAUGUGUAUAUAUUAAGAUUAACCUGCCAGGGUUCUGCAGGUAAUCUAAUAAUCCUUAUUUUCGUAAUGGAAGCAGAGGUAAUUUGUCUUAUAUUUUUCCAGAGUGUUUGUAAAGUAUAGAUGGUAUGAUGUGCUUUGCUGACUUUUUAUACAAAGAGCCUAUUUACCAUGUAGUAAAGAGUGGACAGUGACUACCUACCACAUGAACGAUAACUACUUAUCGUUGAUGCGUAAGUUAAAGGUAAAAAAUCUCAUAACAUCAGAUUUACAAAGGAAAACAUUCAUUGAUACUUUUCUCCUCCUUUGCCCCAAGAGCUGUGACAUACUUAUUGCAUGUCACAGAAAACAAAAUUGGAAACUAUUAUGUACGUUGAUCUUGUUGAUGACUGUUAAGCAGAUGUACUUUAUUUCUUAUUUGUGUGUUAUAAAAUGUAUGUAGUCGUGCUGGUAGAAUAAACUAUAUGUAUUUUAAA